AUGGUCGCCCAAGAAUCCUCGGCCCCGUUGGGAACGGACGACAAGAUUGCCGCCAUCCAGAGCAGUCCAGCCUCACUGGCCAGCCUAUCAGGCGACGACGACGCCGCCGACCUCGACGACAAUUAUGACCUGUACAAGAGAAGCGAUGAGCAGGAACUCGAUCCCGUCGCCGCCAAGCGCGUUCUGCGUAAGCUCGACGUGCGCAUCGUCCCAAUCCUCUUCCUCAUCUACUUGCUGCAAUAUAUGGACAAGAACGGCAUCAACUAUGCCAGUGUAUAUGGGUUGCAGAAGGGCACACACCUACACGGCCAGGACUACUCAUGGCUAGGAUCUAUAUUCUAUUUCGGUUAUCUUUGGGCCCAGUUCCCUGCUGGAUACUUGCUGCAGCGGCUGCGUAUUGGCAAGGUCAUCGGCGCCACCACAAUAUGCUGGGGUAUCAUCCUCAUCACCACACCGGCAUGUAGCUCGUUCGCCGGGAUUGCUGUCAACCGUUUUCUACUUGGAUCGUUUGAGGCCGUCGUGAACCCGGGCUUCAUCUUAAUCAUGUCGAUCUGGUAUACUGCAGCUGAGCAGCCAUUGAGGUUGGAGUCUUACUAUUGCACAAAUGGCAUUGCAACCAUGUUUGGCGGCUUGAUCGGUUACGCUGUGGGGCAUAUCAAAACUGGCCUUCCGCGGUGGAUGUAUGUGUUCCUGAUCUUCGGGAGCAUCAGCAUAGCGUUGGGAAUCGGGGCAAUGAUCCUGCUGCCAGACCUACCUUCGACCGCAAAGUUCUUGACGGACCCGGAGAAGCUAAUCGCCGCUAAACGUGUAAGUGCCAACCGCCAAGGAAUCAAAAAUCGACACUUCAAGAUGUACCAAGUAUACCAAACGAUGCGGGACCCCAAGACGUGGAUUUUGUUCAUCAUGGCCAUCGGUGCGCAGGUCCCGAACUCGGCAAUCACGCAGUUCACCAGUCUGGUGAUCAAGUCGUUCAGCGUCGACACCUUGGGCACGCAGUAUCUCCAGAUCCCCGGCGGUGCUGUGCAAUUCGUAGCCCUGAUCGCUGGAGGGAUUAUCUGUUCCAGGUGGCCGAACCUGCGGUGCAUCACAAUGAUGGCCGCCAACACCAUCUGCAUCACCGGUUCCGCGCUACUCGUCGGCCUACCCACCAGCAACAAAUGGGGCCGAAUGGUCGGGCUGUGGUUGUGCUACUUCCAAGGUCUGGGCUUCAGCUUGAGCCUGACCAUGGUCAGCUCCAACAUUGCCGGCUACACGAAGAAACAGUUGACGGCAGCGAUUCUCUUCACUGGAUAUUGCGUCGGCAAUAUAAUUGGUCCACAGACAUUUAAAAGCAGCGAGGCUCCGCAUUACCAUUCAGCAUACGUCGCCAUGUUGGUCGGAUAUACUGUCAAGCUGGCCGCCGUGGUCGUACUGUACAUUUACAUGUUCUUAUCAAAUAAGAAGCGGGACCGCGAAGCCGCCGCCGCGGGAGUCCUGGAUGCCGAGGAGGAGAAGCAGGCCAUCGAGCAUGGCAUGCACGAUGUCACGGAAUUAGAUAACAAAGGGUUCAGGUACACGCUCUGA